UUUUUUUAAUCCCAGAAAAUCGUUGGCAUUGUAGGCGCUUAUCUUAAAAGUGCGUAGAUUUGAUAAUUGUCAGAUCAGUUCUUACCUAAUUUUUGGCUAUAGAGGUGUGAUGAUCCGCCAAACAUUGAGAGUAUCUGAUUGUCAUCACACCAGACUCAUCCAGUACAGCAGCACAAAAUGAAGGGUCUUAUCACUUUGGUUUUUACGAGUAUCUUAGCUGCCGUUUGGACUUACAGUGUGCCCGAGCCGCUGGCUUUUAUUGAGGAUUUGCCACCUACACCUCUGCUAUCUGGACGCAUAACAAACGGUGCUCGUGCAAAGGCUGGUCAAUUUCCAUACCAGGUUGGUUUGUCUCUGACUCGCGGCAGGAGUAGCCACUGGUGCGGUGGCUCGCUGAUUGCUCCGACGUGGAUUUUAACUGCUAGUCAUUGCACUGUCAAUGUUACCAAGGGCAGAGUAUACUUGGGCGGCAUUCAACGCACCUCUGCCAGGAUGUCUUUCAUUGUCAACUCGAGUGCGAUUUAUCAACACUCUGGAUAUGAUCAAGAUACCCUCGUUAAUGAUAUUUCCUUGAUCCGGAUUCCGACUGUGUCCUACUCUAGAGAGAUAUCAGCUAUUAAGGUGCCUUCUAACGUCUCCUCAUACUCUAACUAUACCGGCAGCUAUGCUAUAGCUUCGGGUUGGGGACGCACCAGCGACGAUUCUUCCGUCUCGUCGUAUUUAAAUUAUGCCCGUCUUGUCAUCAUACCAAAUUCGAAGUGCGCUUCCACUUUUGGCUCCAAAACUGUGUCUAAUAAAACCAUUUGUGUAUCUACACCUGGCGGCACUUCUCCUUGCAAAGGGGACUCAGGCGGUCCGUUGGUUCUGGAAUCGAGUGAUGUACUUGUUGGUAUUACUUCAUUUAUUUCGAAAAGAGGUUGUCUGCAUGGUGCUCCGACUGGAUUUGUGCGCGUCACCAGCUACUUGGACUGGAUUAGGGACAAAACUGAACCAAUAAACAUGAAGUUCUUAGUUGUCUUAGCUGUCGUUGUGGUUGUUGCCUCUGCCUCACCGGUUUACGAGGAGACGGCCUUUAUCGAGGACUUACCUCUACCUCCGGUUUUGGAAGGACGCAUUACCAAUGGUGACAACGCCUGGGAUGGUUUGCUUCCCUACCAGGCUGGUCUACUGCUGAGGAAGGACAGCGGCUCUUAUUGGUGCGGCGGUUCUUUGAUUGGUAGCAACUGGGUUGUGACCGCCGCUCACUGCACAAUCGACGCCUACGAAAUCGUUGUAUACUUCAAUCAGUAUUCCACCACCAUUCAUUCUCAGGAUAUUCAUCAGCAUCCAAAUUAUAACUCGCAAACUCUCAACAACGACAUCACCCUUCUCUGGAUCCACUCUGUUUCCUAUUCCAGCAAUAUUCAACCCAUCAGACUGCCAUCAUUCAACCAGUACAGCAGCUACGAAGGUCAGUGGGCUACAGCAUCCGGUUGGGGCAGCACCUCGGGCAACAGCCAAGAUCACUUGCAAUAUGUCAACCUCCAGAUUAUCUCCAACAAUGAAUGCGCCAGCGUCUAUGGCUCGGCCACAGUUACCGAAAAUACCAUCUGUGUUGCCACUCCUAAUGGGCGAUCAACUUGCAGUGGGGACUCCGGUGGGCCAUUGGCUGCAGACAACAAUCAAGUGUUGAUUGGUGUCACCUCAUUUGUGGCUGCUAGCGGUUGCCAAUCUGGUCUGCCAUCUGGUUUCCAACGUAUUAGCCAACAUUUGGAUUGGAUUCGUGGAGUCACCGGCAUUGCUUACUAUUAAAUAUUUUACUACGAAUACUUCUAUGUGAACAUAGUGCAAUAAAGUUUAAAUUAAAUUUUAUGAGUUUUUAGUGUGUUCGUUGAAAAGAUCGAGUGCCACUUGAAAUUAAAUAAAGUUUACUUGAUAUUUG